AUGAAAGAUCCGAUUUUACCCAAUUUUCGUAUAAUCCGAUUAGAAAAUCCCACUUUUACGCUUAAUUUAACGCUUCCUUUUUGGAUAAAAAUGGAUUUAAAGAUAAAUAAGGAAGAUUAUGAAAAAGAACGCUUACGAUGGCAACAAAAAUUGGAUGAAACCGAAAGACGAUUAGCUGAAGCUGAAAUUUUCAAUUCAGAAAUGAAUCAGAUAAAAGCAGAACUUAAUAAAAAAAUUGUUGAAAUGGAACGAAAUCAAAAGCCAUUAAUCGAACAAAAUCGUCGAUUAAACGAACGAGCGAAAUUAUUACAAAAUGAAAUCAAAAAAAGUGAACAAAAAUUAUCACAUUCACAAGACGAUUUUCUUACUUUGAAAGAUGCACAUGAAAAACUCUUGAAAGAAAACACGAUUUUAAAAGAAAGGCGAGCUUUUCCGGAAAAGAUGGAAGAAUUGGACCGAUACAGAACGCAAGUUCUUGAAUAUUCCAAGUGUAUUACGGCUUUAAGACAAGCUGGCUUGGUACUUUAUUUAUCCUUGAAACUUUUUUAUUUUUUCUAA